AUGGCACUGCAAUUGUUUUUGCCAGGUAUUCCUCAGGACCUGAAGGAGGACUUGAACCUGCUUCGGGAUACCAAUAGGUGGCAAGCCAUCCAGGACAAGUUCUACGAAACUCAAGUUGUGUUGAAUGAUGCCCUUUCUAAAAUAUUUAAAGGGGGCCACGCUUUGGGGUUGAAAAUCAGUAAUGUCCACAUCUUGAAUUUCAAAGCCGAACCAACUCCUGAUGGCCAAGGCGUUCAACUGAGGUUCCCCACAUCUGCUGAUGUCUCCUUGACCCUGCCUCUCGUUGGGCAGGCAGUCCAACUGAACGUUUCCUUGGACCUCCUGGCUACUGUCGAAGUUGAAACUGAUCCCAAGAGUGGUGACUCCAGAGUGGUCUUGACAGAUUGCGCCAGCGACCCAGACAGCAUCUCAUUCACCUUGUUGGGCGAACACAGCACACUGGUCAACAAGCUCUCAGGCACCAUAAGCAGCAGCCUGAGCGACACUGUGUCCUUCCUGGUGCAGAACCAGAUGUGCCCAAUGCUGCGUAUCUUCAUCGGCACCGUGAAUCCGCAGCUUGUUGAAAAUGUCUUCAGUAAGUCACACCCCUGGGAAGCAGAGGUGUUCCCUGUGCAGCCUUCCCAGGGCAGGCAUGCAGCUCUGAGCCCGCCCCACAGGCAGGUCUGGUCAGGGGCCCCUGGAGAAGCAGAAGGACCCACUCCUAAGUCAGCUGGGAGAAUGAACAAUUGA